CUGCUGGCGGUGUUCGUUGCGAGUGAUCGUCAUGCGGCGGCCAUGUGUUCGACUGUGUUUAUGGUGAUACCCAUGGUGUGGGGCCUACUCCUGCUCCCAAGGAUUACUUUAGCUUCGACAUCCCAGUCAAGAGCUCCCAGAAUUACAGAGCAUCCAAGAGAUUUGCUGGUUAAAAAACAACAGCCUGCUAAACUCAACUGUAAAGCGGACGGAGAACCGACCCCGGUAAUUGAAUGGUAUCACAAUGGAAAACUGGUAGAAGGGACUUCCAAUCGGAUUGUCUUACCAAACGGUGGAUCUCUCUUUUUCUUCAUGUCUUACACGGGAAGAGGGACCAGGACACAGGGACUUACUGGUGCGUCGCGCGAAAUAACCUGGGUGAAGCAAGAAGUCAUAACGCGACGCUCGAGGUUGCAACCAUUAACAGAUGAAUAAGAGCUGAGUG